UCCUGUGGCAGAGAAAAGAGGUAGUGAGCUGGUGUUUCAGGAUGUGAGGGCCCGCAGGAGCGGAGCCGGGCUUUCUCUGUUGCCUGCCUGCCACUGUGCAAGCUCUGGCCGGGGCUGCCCACAGUCCCCAUGGUGGGCUCUCCUCACAGCAGGGACCCGUGAAUAGCGGCGGCAUGCCAGGGAAGCCCAAGCACCUGGGUGUCCCCAACGGGCGCAUGGUUCUGGCUGUCUCAGAUGGAGAGCUGAGCAGCACGGCGGGGCCUCAGGGCCAGGGCGAGGGCCGAGGAAGCUCCCUCAGUAUCCACAGCCUCCCUAGUGGCCCCAGCAGCCCCUUCCCCACCGAGGAGCAGCCUGUGGCCAGCUGGGGCCUGUCCUUCGAGCGGCUGCUGCAGGACCCGCUGGGGCUGGCUUAUUUCACUGAGUUCCUGAAAAAGGAGUUCAGCGCUGAGAAUGUAACUUUCUGGAAGGCCUGCGAGCGCUUCCAGCAGAUCCCAGCCAGCGACACCCAGCAGCUUGCUCAGGAAGCCCGCCAUAUCUACCAGGAAUUCCUGUCCAGCCAGGCGCUGAGCCCAGUGAACAUAGACCGGCAGGCCUGGCUAGGCGAGGAGGUGCUGGCAGAACCCCGACCGGACAUGUUCCGCGCACAGCAGCUCCAGCGGGUCCCGCAGAUCUUCAACCUGAUGAAGUUCGACAGCUACGCGCGCUUCGUCAAGUCACCGCUAUACCGCGAGUGUCUCCUGGCGGAGGCCGAGGGACGCCCCCUGCGGGAACCUGGCUCCUCCAGCCCGAGCAGCCCUGACUCCACGAGGAAGAAGCCGAAGCUGAAGCCCGGGAAGUCGCUCCCGCUGGGCGUGGAGGAGUUGGGGCACCUGCCGGCUACUGAGGGCUCUGGGGGUCGCCCCCUCCGCAAGUCUUUCCGCAGGGAACUGGCAGGCGGAGCCCCAAACUCAGCCUUACGCAGAGAGUCCCAGGGCUCCCUCAACUCCUCCGCCAGUCUGGACCUUGGUUUCCUUGCCUUUGUCAACAGCAAAUCUGAGGUGUCCCCAGCAGGUGUAUGUGGGUCAGCGGGAGGACCUGUCUCUAGGCGCCACUACAUCUGGCAGAGCCACCGGAAGAGCCUUGGGAGCACAGAAGGUGAGAGUGAGAGUCGGCCAGGGAAGUACUGCUGCGUGUACCUGCCUGAUGGCACAGCAUCCUUGGCCCUGGCACGACCUGGCCUCACCAUCCGUGCCAUGCUGGCGGGCAUCUGUGAGAAACGAGGCCUCUCUCUACCUGACAUCAAGGUCUAUCUAGUCAGCAAUGAGCAGAAGGCCCUGGUCCUGGACCAGGACUGCUCGGUGCUGGCGGACCAGGAAGUGCGGCUGGAGAACAGGAUCACCUUCGAGGUCGAGUUGGUGGCUCUGGAGCGCGUGGUGCGGAUCUCCGCCAAGCCCACCAAGCGGCUGCAGGAGGCGCUGCAGCCCAUUCUGGCGAAGCACGGUCUGAGCCCGCAACAGGUGGCGCUGUGCCUGCCAGGCGAGAAGCAGCCGCUGGAUCUGGGGAAGCUAGUGAGCUCGGUGGCGGCCCAGAGACUGGUUUUGGACACUCACCCAGGUGUGAAGAUUUCCGGAGCUGGAGAUGUAGCCCAGUACUGCAGUCAGGGUGGCCAGCCUAGAGCCCAGAACAAGGCCACCCAUCCCCCUCCACUGUCCCUCAACUCGCUGGCCGAGGCGCCCAGUAGUAUCCCUGGGAAGCGGCAGACCUGUGACAUUGAAGGCUUGGUGGAGCUGCUGAAUCGAGUGCAGAGCAGUGGGGCCCAUGACCAGAGGGGCCUUCUGCGCAAAGAGGACCUGGUGCUUCCAGAAUUUCUGCAGCUGCCAACCCAAGGGCCCCAUUCCCAGGAGGCCCCACCACAGACUGUAUCAGAGGUCCAGCCCAAGGGGGACCCCUCGGACUCCACGGCCCACGCGGCCCUCUGACAGCCGCCCAGCAGUCCAGGCCAGCUGCACGGCACCUGGCGGGCCAAGCAUGCUGUGGGCCCGCUCUGCAUGCUCUGUCUGUGCCAUGAGUGUCCUUGGCCCCUUCCUGCCACGGGCAGGCCCGCAGGAAGAGCUGGAAGGCAGUGGAGAGCGGGCUCAGAGGAGCCACACCCCACAGCUGCCACCACUUGCUCCCUCAUCGGUUCACUCCCCCAACCCUUGCUGCCAGGCCACUGAGGGGAGGUGGGGCUGGCCUCCCCAGUACAGGCAGGCCCAGCACAGAGGGGCAGCGUUGGAGUGCGAGCCUCCCCACCCCGGGCAGAGCCUCAGCAGGGAGCAGGACGAGGGGCUGGCCCCUCGGCAGGGAGCUGGUAUGAAUAAGUCCUGGGGGUGCGGGUGGGCAGCCCCUCACUACUCACACAGGCGCUGCUGGACAUAUGGAUUUUGAAGUUGGCCUGGGGCAGCUGGGUUUGUCCUGGAUGUAUGAUAUUGUUAUUAUAAUAGUAAUUAUUAUUCUCCCAUGAAGUGUGUUCCUUGUGUGCCUGUCUACCCUGGGUACCCCCCCCCCCCGAAACUGUAUUGCCUCCGUCACCAAGGUUAAUACCAGGAAGCCCUUGGGGACCUCAGGAUGUGCCCCCUGACUUCCUGUUGUCAGAACUUCUCUUCCUGACUGCACAGAGUAUUGAGGUGUGACUAUGAGAGAUAAGACAGAGACAGGAGGGACGGAGGAAAGGGAAGGAGGGGAAGACCCUUCGGGGGAGCCGUGCCUGUGUCCCCUGUCACCAUGCUGUUCCUCAGUCUCUGGAUCUGAGCAGAGUACAGUAUCUGGAUGUCGUCCUCUGCUUCUAGUGGAGCUCAAGUGUCUGCAGACAUGGCUGUGGGCUCCUUUGGAUGCAUUAAGGGCCUUUUGGAAAUACUGGUUGUUGCACUGGGGGCAGGUUUUGUCUCCUGUCUGCUUGGGCUGGGUGGUCAUCCCUGUCUUUAGGCAGCCCACACAUUGAGGGGGGAGCAGGGAGGAUCUCCCAGAAGGAGGGCCCAGUGUAUGGGCAGAGAAGCCAGACUCAGGCCCCGUGCUGCUGAGCUAGAGGAAACCAGGGGACAUGAGGACCUCGAGGGGACACCUGAGGAGUGAGGGGCCCUCCUGACCCUGAGGUGGUCAAGCUCUCAUCCCCAUUCCAGUUAUUUGUGCUUGUUGUCCCCUCUGCCAGGAAUUGGUGCCCCCCCCCAUCAUGGCAUCUCUUCCUUGAAAUUCCUGAGAUGGAUCAGUUGGGUUUUCUGGCCCAUCAGGCCUUUUUCCAGAAGUUGAACCCAAGCUUUUCUUGGGGGCUCUCAGCCUUUUGCUCCCUCUACCCAUUUUGCUUGCUGGGUUGACCAGAACCCUUAGCUGCUGGGGGUGGAGGUGGGCUCAUGACUCAGGCCUGGCCGAUCAGAGUUUGGUGAAGGAACAAUUCUCUGACCUCAGUUGUGGUCAUCUACCAUAUCCCAGGGCUUUGAGCAGAUUAUGCAGGGAGAGAACCUGCAUGUCAGUGAAGCCAACACAGGAGAGCUGGACUGAGAGAUAGAAGGAGAUUCCUGACCAAAGCUACCUGAACACCUAAAUUCACCCAGGCUUGAAGUCACCCACCCCUAGACAUCCUCAUUUAGGCAAGGCAAUACAUUCUUUCUGCGUGCAUGUGCCCGUGGCUCUGAGUAGGUUUUCUCAGACCAGCAACUGCAAAAGUCCUACUUCAUUGUUCAGCUUGAACACCUCAGCGGAGCCUUCCCCGGUCACAGAUGAUGUGGUCUAAAUACUUGUGUCCACCAGCACCCCCCAAAUUCACAUGUUGAAAUCCUAGUCCCAAGGUGAUGGUAUUAAGAGGUGGAGACUUUGGGAUGUGCUUGGUCAUGAGGGUGGAGCCCUCGUGAGUGAGGUUAGUGCCCUUAUAAAAUAGAAUCUCCACCUCUUCUACCCUGUGAGGACGGAGCAAAAAGUUGGCUGUCUACAACCUGGAAAAGGGCUGUCACAGACACCAGAUGUGCUGACACCCUGAUCUUGGACUUCCAGCAUCUAGAACUGUGAGAAAUAAAUUUUGUUGUUUAUACAUC